ACGGACCACUGAUGCAAGAGAUAUGCAACAGCUAUCCCAUUUCUUACACAUCAGCUGUACGUAGUACGAGUUUGUAACGAUGAUGGCUAUUUUAAAACAAUAACACCGGGCGUUAAUAAGUAAAAUGUGGUCUCGGACCGAGCCCGUGGUUGUGUUCUCGCGAGAUUUUUUCCCCCGGAAGUGGAAGUGAAUAUAGGGUGACAAUACGCAGAACAACAAUCGUCCGGCGUGAAAAUGACAAUUAUUACAUUAUAAACACUGUCAAAUUAACAUCGGUUAAAAUCGGUUCCCAAUGAUGACGUAGUUGCUGUCAUUUUGGUUCCUUUGCCCGACUUUAACAGUAAUGACUCCCACUUCUCCAGCUUGCACGUUUUACUGACGUACUAAAAAUGGCAGAAUACAUUUACAAAUUAUUUUAUGAAUUUCAAUGAGCUGCCAGUGUUAUUUUGCCCAAAAGCAACGCGUAUUGGACGGCUGAGCUUGUAUAGAGACACGGAGGAGGCGGAUACAGAGCCGGGUGGGGUGACGUCAUUGGUUGCUACGUGAACGUGACCCUGAUGCCUUCACAACGAGACGCUGCUGCCCAGUUUACCCCUCGAUCGCCACGCUGCAACAACCACUCGACAUCCUCCUCUGCGCCGAGUUGGCACAAUGGCUUUUUAAAUUUUACAAAAAGUCGUAACCGAGAAGACGCCGUGCUUUGCUUUGGCAACGCACCCCAAGCUCUCUAUACUAUUUCUCUGCAAGAAUGGAGUUUCACUAUGCCCACCCAGCUCUGCUCUCUGUGGCCCAGCUGUCAGACCCCACCAGCUCCCAGCAUAUGCUCCGACUUGGCCUGAACCGAAGUGCCAAUGGACAGAAUGAUGAUGGCGACACCGGCUCCUGUUUGGAAGUCUCUUCGUGCGUGCCCGGCAGACCUCCUCGCUCUCUCUCACCCACAGGCUAACCACAGCCAAUCACAGGGGUGCAGGGGGGAGGUGUCAGAGGGGAGUCAGCACUUAAUUGGUGAUGUUCUCACCGACUGGAUGACGGAAGAAGUCGACUUCUCCUCAUACCUCCCGAACCCUCCCUCCCCUCCUUCCUCCACCAAUGCCUCCCUUCCCCCGUCACCCCUUCAGAAUGAUAUCCACGUGCCCUCCGACUUAGAGGUUAUGACCUCUCUGCUGCAAGAGGAACUUGCCCAACUGGAAGACUACUUCCUGUCCGAGCCACUGCCAGAGAAAGGUCCCAGGCUGGGAAGAUGUGACCGGGGUUCGCUGCUGACGGGUCCUCAGCCGUUCAGUCAGCUGCCCUGUGCGUCGUACUCCGCACCCAACCAAUCGGAAUCCAGCCCGUUUCUGCUCACCCUGGCAAGUGGAGAAGUGGACUUGCUCGGUGUGUGUGGCGGGCCGGUAGGGCGGUCCAAAAUUCCCAGGCACACCCCGUAUAGCUGCGGUCGCCCCAGCCCGUGCGCUAGGAAAAGAAUCCCAGACAGCGUGAGGUUAAGUGAAGGUUACGACCACAGUUCAAGUUCCAAAGGAAUCAACUCAGGUAACUCAACACUCAGUUAUUGCUGUGUGGAAGAAGAGCAGUUAGUCGGGAAAGGCUACUGUCUGGGCAGUGCGGUCGAGCUCCGAAAAUGCGCCAUUCUCGCAAAAGAAGACAAAAACUGCUGCUUCAAUCACAACGCUGUCGGCAACGCAAAGGCGGCCACCGCCGCUGGCGGAUUCCAUUUUGGCGCAUCGCUUCAUGACCCGCCAAAGAAAGAAGAUCUGUUGAUGUACAGCAUGAGAGAGGUGAGCGGCGGCACCGCUAACAGCGAGGUGCUGUCCGGCAUCAAGACUGCCGUGGAGGUGCCAAAAGCGACAGUUUCUUGGAAAGCCCAGAGCAAUGACAGUUGUUAUCUUUCGGGUACGCCACAGUCCGAGACGUACCACAGCUUCUUCACCGAGCAGGUCAAAGCGGAGAAUCUUCAGAUAGGGCAGCAUGACUUGCACUGUAAUUUCCUGGAGGAUCCUGGUCCAGAAUGUCUUUUGAUGGCGAGGGACAGUCUGAACUUGGAAUCUUGCAGGUUGAAGGAAGACCACUGUGCCGUGAAAUACGAAUUUGAUGUCAUUCCCGCAGAAGGCGGAGGCGAGCGCAAACAGAAGAAGCGAGAUCAGAACAAAACAGCCGCUCAUAGGUAUCGCCAAAGAAAAAGGGCAGAGUUAGAUUCGUUGGAAGAACAGCUUCACUGCCUGGAAGGGAGGAACCGUGAGCUGCGUGACAAGGCAGAGUCUGUCGAGCGUGAAAUCCAGUACGUCAAAGACCUCCUGAUCGAAGUUUACAAGGCCAGAAGCCAAAGGCUAAAGCAGGAUGCAACAGGAUAACCCCAAAGUCCCGCCAAGAAAUCAGUACAGGGAAGUUGCGGAGCUUUUCAUGUCAUUUUGAUUAGCCACGAUUGAAUGUUGCUUUAUUUUUUAAUACUUAUUGCAUGUUUAAAGAAAAAAAAAAAACACACACAAAAAUCAUCAAACCAAGCGACAGAACAUUGCUUUUGACACUCUCCAACUCUUCAGGCCGGCAAUGUUGUAAUGACAAUCAUUGUGUCAUGCUGUGUGAAUCGCCUAAUUAGAAUAGGGUUACUUAUUUCUAUUAAUAAAAAAAA